CCAGCAACCUUUCACUCCAACCGUGGUAUUUACUUGUUUACAUCUAAUCCAGAGCCCGGAAGUCCCAACUAUUAUAGUGACAAAUACAUGAUUUUUGAAAAAGAACUUUGUGAAAAACUGUCGAGAGUGAGCCUUCCAGGAAAGAUUCAGUAUGUUUACAACCCUCUGGAGUAUGCUUUUGAUUCUCAUUUAAAUUUUGUCAGGAGAUUUUGCACUGGAGAAAAGUACAUUUUGUUUGUGGGUAUGAAUCCAGGACCAUUUGGCAUGUCUCAGAAUGGAGUGCCCUUUGGUGAGUGCGCCAUUGUGAAAGAAUGGCUGCAGAUUGAAGGAGAGGUCUUGAAGCCGGUGUUGGAGCAUCCCAAAAGACGGGUAGUGGGACUGGAAUGUUCAAGGUCGGAGGUCACGGGUGGACGCUUUUGGCAAUUAUUUCGAACCUUGUGUCACACACCAGAACAUUUCUUCAGAACAAGCUAUGUACACAAUCUGUGUCCUUUUGCCUUUCUCACCGACAGCGGUAAAAAUGUUACACCUCCACAGCUAACGUCCUCUGUUCUAGACCAAAUUAAUGCAUUGUGUAAUGCAACACUGGUAGAGGUUGUUCGACUGUUGAAGUGCAAAUAUGUCAUAUGCAUCGGAAAAUAUGCACUAGCUCAGGCACAGAAGGCAUUAUCUGCUGAUGAAUUUAACGGCAUCACUUUGGAAUGCUUGAUGCACCCUAGCCCUAUUAAUCCAGCUGCGAACAAAGGUUGGGCCGACAUUGCGAUCAAACAGUUAACCGAGAUAGGAAUUGUUGAUAUCAUUAGAUAUGGCCGCAUACCAUACCAAGCCCCCAGCCAGCCUCCAUCUCUGUCUCACCCACCAGCUUCAUCUACAACAAGUCAUCAUUCUUCCCACCACCACCACUCCUACCACAACAAGCAAUCUCCUGGCCAUUACGGGUUUCAGUCCCCCCCUGUGCAGUCAUAUCACCAGUCUCCAGCUCAAGGCUCCAGUAAUCAUCAUUCUCCAGCCCAUGCACCUCCUCUAAACCAGUCACCAGCUCAGGCGUCUUCACGAAGUCAGUCAUCCCCAGCUCAUGCCUCAUCCAGGAACCAGUCAUCUCCAGCACAUUCUUCUUGUAGUCAGUCCCCGGCUCAACAGCAGACCCAACAAGGUCCAGCAAAUCAAUCUCCCAGUCAGGCAACUGGAAGCUCUCAUUCUGGACAAUCAUUGGGAGAACAGAGUAAAGAUGGCAAACACAACAAAGAUAAAAAGUCUGAGAAGAAUAAUUCUAAAGACUCAGUUUUAGACUCCUCGUCGUCCACCAGUUCAGACAAAUCUCAAGAUGGGAAAGGCUUAGCACAGCUAAACUCAAAUGGUAUACCGAGCUACUCGAGUGACUCUGGGGGACAAAGUCUUGAGAAUGGCUUGCAGAAUCCACAGAGUGAUUCGGGAUCACAGGGUUCAGAAGUUUCUAAAGGCAACUCUCCAAAUAUACAAUAUCCACCUGGAAAUCCUCAAGGAAGUUCCUCAGAUUCACAACUCAUGUCACAAAACUCUCAAAUGUCCAACUCGCAGAUGUCAAGUACGGGUCCGAUGGGCUCAACCAACCCACAGAUGCAUCUGCCCAUGAGUUCAGGUCAUCCUCAUAUGACCAUGGGCAUGUCCAUGACUUCAUCUCCAAGUCUGCAGGGUUCGUCAUCAGACCAGCAUGGCAGUCUCUCUAGCCAGCAAAUUGGAUCCCCCCAGAUGAGUACACCUAAUUCACACAUGGUCUCCCAGAACUCACACAUGGGAUCAAUGAAUUCUCACAUGGGCUCUUCCAUGGCACACAUGAUGGGUUCCCAGAGUUCUCAUCAGAUGGGUAUGAGUGUUCAGGGAAUGGGUGUUCAUGGUCAGAUGAGCUCCAUGAACCCAUAUGCCCAACAGAUGGAUAUGGCACAAAUGAGUGGUUAUGGUGCAGGUAUGGGCUUAGGUAAUUACCCAGGUAAUCCAAGCAUGAGAUCUAGUUCAGAUAUGUCUGGUUACGGGGCUCACAUGGGCCUUCAGAAUGCUGGGAUGGGCAUGCCAGGCAUGGGGGGAAUGCACGGAGGGCCUAUGGCUUCUCAGAUGGGAAUGUUCAAUCCACACAUGAGUAGGAUGAUGGGAGGCCCAGAGCACAUGAGUAUGCAUGCUGGUAUGAACUCAAUGUAUGAUGGCAGUCUGAUGGGGAAGGAGAUGGGAUAUGCCAGUCACUAUUCAGACAAGCCUCCAGAAUGCAGUUAGUACUAACAUGAACUUUUCUUUUAAACCAUGCCCAGAACGAACAACAAUUAUGGGGUAUCCACUCAUUGCUAAAACACUUGUGAAAUACAUUUUUUAAACUGGCGUACAUUAUCAUAAAGGGUGGAAUGCCUUUGGUCUUAUUUGUGGACGUUGAGAC